CUCGUAACCGACCGCCUCGUGGUCGCCCUGAAACACGCGUUAUACACGCUCUGUUUAAGUGACAGCUCAUUAUGCACCCAUGCACUCAUCUUUGUCCUCUCCCUCAGCUCGUCGCUCAGAACGCAGACGUCCUCAAUCGAGCGCUCACCGUCGGACGAUGCAGGGAACAAGUCACUACUCGGCGGCUUGCGCGGGGGAUAAAGAUAUGGCUGAGUGGAUACGAUCGGGCAGAGGGGCGAAGCAGUCGUCUGCCACUGUUUCCACAUUGUGUACCUACUCGCAGGAUGAUGAGAAUGUUGGUUUACCGAUCCUUGAUAUACCCCUCGCUGACUUGGUCAUAUCGUCCUCCGAUUGGGCCUCGUCAACAACCCGCGGCGACCCAUUCGGAUCUCAAUGCUUCUUGCUGGAUGUACCAGAGAUCUCUUCCACCACUGCCUCAUCAACAACGAGCACCACGGACUUCGAAGACAACGACGACGGCUCGUGGCCAGGCCCCAUGCAGCGAACACCUUCGAACUCAUCACCAGAGCCUUCCGACGCGGUCGCCACGGAAAUCCUGACUCACACUCGGCACCGUUCAACAUCGAUAUCCUCUACAGUCUCACGACCCGCACCUGCCCGCUCUAUUCUUUCGACCGGUUCAUCUAUGCGAACUAAGCGAGCUCGCGCACCACCGUCGGUCAAGUUCCUUGACAUGCCGACGAUACACUUCGAGGACGAAGACGAAGACGCCUCGCCUAAUGUACCGAGUCCGAGCUCUACUGCUCUUACAAAGAGCCGGGUGUUCGGGUUCUUUGGCUGGCUGGCGACUGUGGGUAAGGGCAAGAAGAUGGAGUCCCUUGUGCCUGAGCGGCCACCCAUCUCGGGCCCGUUCCCACUGUGGGAGAAGCCACUGCGUCGGAACGACAACGCAUGCCGGUCUGCGGGUGCGGCCGACACACGGAGCAUACGUUCGGUACGGUCGCAGAGCAGUAUACGCAGCGCAAUGUCGUUUAGGUCAAUUCGUUCGUGUGCGAGUCGUGUGCAGGGCUAUUGGAGUCGGCUAAAUGGACGAGACCCAUAGUCGUCGUGCGUUCUGGGGUAUAUUAGGACAAUUUUAGUUCAAACCAUGGACUUUUACUCUAGGUACAGUAUAUCGUUUCGUAGUGUGUAAAGGCGGGAGAACAGUGUAAAGUCAUGUAGGAAGCCGU